CGUGACUUGCAGUAGCCGGGAGCAACUUCCAAUGGGCCGGACCAAUGGCCGGAGGGUCCUCAUCCGCUAUUCUUCUUCUUCUUCUUCUUCUUCUUCCAGAGAACAUUCCGUUGGAGGACCGGACCGGCGAGAUGGAGGAACAGCAGCAAGAGGAUGAUGAUUAUCCGCAUCAUCGACACAGCUUCUUCUGCGUCAUCGAUCGCAAGCGUAUCGAAGUUCCUGUAUUUUCGGUUUCGGAGGGAGGCGGGCCGGGAUGGGGCUUCAUCGUCUCCGCCCACUGCGCCUAUCCUAUGGGGAGGGGAAGGGAGGGGAUUUUUCCAGGUGAUUCCAACGAGUGUGACGGCGACAAGGAGGAUUUGGCCCAGUCCAGCCAGUCCAGAGACGUUCCGGAUUCCGGGGCCUGUGGGACUGGAGGCCGGAAUCCUUGGAAAACUGGGGCUUUCACACAAAGCUAG